AUGAUGCGUGGUCUUAAGAACUCCGGCCUGUCCAGCGAGGAAGAACAUGAAAACGACGACGACGCCUCGUGUGCGGUAAUCGUGAAACGGUCUAAGACCAAUAGCGAACGCGGCCGCGCCUUCCGUGCGCGUCGCAAGAAAUACGAGGACGACCUGAUGACAAUUGUGGACUCGCUGCGUCAGGAGGUCGCUGACCUCGGAUUUCUGCGCAGCGUUCGCGCCGACAAAGUGCUGUGUAGUCGCAACAGCAUGAACGGGUCUCCUGUGCGUCUGGCUCGUGAGUAUUUCGCACUGUUCGAACGCGGUAUACCGUCGGUUCGAGGCACGAAGCAAAGGGCGUUUCUGGAAAACGCCAUGGAUCCGGAAGUACAGUUCGGCGAGGCCAGCGGCCCAGAGUCGCUACUGGAUCAGUGGGUGCGGUACACGAGCUACCACGCUCGUAUGAACGUCGUGGUCGUCGGUGUUGAAGUGUCUGGAGAUGAGGAGAACCCCUUGGUCACGGUGCGCUCAGAUCUGCACGUGGUCUUCUCCCGAGAGACAUUUGUCAAUGUGUUCCCACACGCUGCAGAUAACGAAGAGCUGGUCAACAAAUUCAUUGGCCGUGAGGUUGUCUACCAUGGUGUGAACCGCUUUCACCGGUGCCAGCGUCUCGGACAUCGUGCUGUUGAUGCAACAGGCUCGGAUAGCGGACGAGUGCAGACUCGGGGAUGA